AAGUUAGGGUCACGGAAGUACGUAUUAAUAUUUUCUGUGUAAUAAAAUAUAAUAAUAAAAAGUUUAGAAGAACCUGUGUAAUUAAUUAUUAAUACAUGCUCACACAAUCUAUGAAAUACAAAGCGUAACCACAAUCAAGACAGUCAGUAAAAAAAAAUAGUGUUGAGGAUUCAGGAAAUAAUUUUAAAGUACAAACUUAUUUUUACCACAUAUUUUGCUAUUGUCAUCACUGAAUAGUAUUGUGCAAAAUGAAUAGGAAAAGAAAUGUUAGCUACAUCAAGCCCGAGGAUCCUCAUUUUUUAAAAAUCUUGAAGAAGGAAGCUGGAUAUGACAGUUCUAAUCAUAAGUUUGAUAAACUUGAUAAUGCUGAUGAGGAUUUCGUUGAUGAUGAAGACAGUGAGUUACCACAAGUAGUAGUACUUAAGGAAGGCGAUCUGACUGCCACUGAAGCAGAAGCAGAGAAAGAAAGAAUAAAACAGUUGGAAUCUGCAAUAAAAGCUGAUCUUUCCCAGAAAGUUAUUUUUAAAUCAAAGUCAAAUAAUAAAAAGACAGACCAAAAAAAGGUUUUACUGAAUAAAAAGAAAGAUAAAAAUAGACAACUUUUAUCCUUUGCUGAUGAAACUGUUUCUGAUAGUGAUACAUGAAGAGAUUUAAAUUAACUUCCACAUGUUUCAUGUUUGUAAGAGAGUUUCAGCACACUUGCUGGUGAUAUGGACUUUAUAAAUUUGUUAUAAGGCUCUGUGACUAUCUUUCAUUAUGGGUUUGAAAUUAAUAAUAUUGCUGCAACCGUAACAUCAAACUGUUUGACAACAUGUGUGAUAAUAAGGAAAUUGAGUGCAUAGAUUUUUAAACUUGGUAUGACAAAAUAGCUAAGGAAUAUCUGCAAUUUCAUUGAUUUCUCUUGUGAGGAUCAUUAAGUAUUUAACAUUACUAUUAUCUUUCAAUUAUCUCUACAGUUAAAUAAAAAGAAAUAUUACAAAUGAUUUAUAUUUCUUAAAAAUAUUGUCGAUUGUUUCAUGCUACAAACAAUCACAACAAUUUACAUCCAUUUGUUUAAAUUACUGUCCAAUUGCCUUUUGAAAAUAUUAUACAUGUGUAUUUUAUUAUUUAACAGCACCUGUUUUUUUUUAUGAUAUUCAUUCUUGUUUUAGUCAGCAUGCUAUUCUCACUUAACCGUUAGAGAAUUAAACACCAUAACAAAGUUUCCUCUGUUCAAGUUCACUAGAUAAUGUUAUCUCAAUGAUUUAAUCAAUGUUUGUAAAGGCACUGGCCUCUAAGAUACAGGAUUUGCUAGUUUAGGGGUCAGGAUUCCAAAGGUUUAUUCUAAUGUUUUAUUGUACUGAGUUUUUGUAAUAAAUAUUUUCUUUUUUUUUCUCUGUUUCCUGAUUAUGUUAAGUUUGUACCUCACUGCAACACUAUAUGUAUAAAGAGGGUCAAUUUUUAAUUUAACAUAUAGAACCUUCUAGUUAGUGGCAUAGGCUAUAUAUUAACCUGAAAACUGAAAAGAACUUUUUGUAGGAAUCGGAUUUAAAAAGUAAGUCUGAGAAAAAACGGUUGAUUGAAAUCGUUUCUUAAGAAUGCUGCCUUAACGAUGAGAGAUAUAGGAUUGAGUUUUAGAGCUUGAUAUUGACUACAAAAAAAGUCUGUGAUAGCAUAUGUAAAUAUAAAUAUUAUAUUUAAGUAACAAAAAGUAGAUAUUUCAUAUUUAAAAGACUUAAAAUAGUUAGGUCAUGUUUAUUGGUCAUAUUAUAAAAAAAUAUGAAUUCUUAUCAAUAUAAGCAAGCUAAUCGUCUUUCUUAAGAAAAUGAGAAAUUUGGAGAAAAUGAGGAUUCUUUGGAAAGGCUCUUUUUGGUCCGUAGGUAUUUAAUUUAAAAUUUUGUCAUACCCGACGAUCUUAAUUUUGGAUAUAAAGAUUGAAAAUCAGCCAAUCACGUAAUAUUGGAUGCACCCAAUACUGUCGUUUCUUUUUCUUUUUUUUAUAUGGAGUAAUAAGUAGGUACACACAUAAUGCUUCUUCGACUUCCAUCAUUGUAAUGACUGCCAUUCCAACACUCUGCACACACAUCCGCACCUGUCUGAACACUUGCGGUGAGAACCGGGCGGUUUCAAUCCGCCAUGUCUGAACUAGCUCUUAAGACGUUUUUUUUGUAUAUGAUCAAAAUGUCAAUCUAUUUAAAAAUAAUGUUGACUUAGGUAUAUCGGAUUGGAACUCUAGAAGAACCGUAUAAUAUUUUCGUACCAAAUAAUAACAUUACAUAUUGGAUAGAAGCUGGCGUUUCUUUGCCGAAUUCCAUGAUAUUCUAUGAAAAUUAAGCUUAAUUUGCUAUUCUCCGCGAAAAGCAAAAGAAUCUGUGUGUAAUUUAGAAUUUCUUCAAUCUAUAUACUCCACACCAAACAUUGUUAACAAUUAUUUAAUUUAAAGUAAAUCUUUGCAUAAUGAAAUCUUCUGUUUAAAUAAAGGAAUUCAAUAAUUGUAAGAUAGGAAUAGAAAUACCUUAAAGUGAUUGAAGAAAUUAUAAAUCACACCACACUGAUUCUUCGGCUACUUUCGGAACAUACCAAAUUAAGCUUAAUUUUGAUAAAUAACAUUACAUCAAAUACAAUAUACCUAUAGAGAAGUAUUGAACAAUAAAAAUAAAUAUUAUUUAUUCAAU